GUGGACCGCGGGGUUGACGCCAGAGCUGCACGCCUCCGAGUGUUCUAGUCCAUCGAAUUAGGAACACUCAAGAAACCACAAAACCAACCUCACCCCUUGACACUCUAUCCACUCAAUCAUGUUCUGGACUUUGGGUUCUAUUUACGGCGCCAGCGCAGUAGCUUUUGGUGCAUUCGGUGCACACGGUCUGAAGAAGAAGAUCGCAGAUCCGUCCAAGAUUGCCGCUUGGAACACUGCCGCCCAUUAUCAGCUUGUCCACUCUGGCAUGAUCCUUCUCACUGCUGCUGCUGCACCAAAGAACAAGAUUGCCGCCGGUUGCUUUGCUGCAGGCAUUACAAUGUUCAGCGGCUCCAUCUACCUACUCACUCUCGACCCUCAGAGAUUCAAGGCUCUGGGUCCGGUCACACCGAUAGGUGGUCUCUUCUUGAUUGCUGGUUGGACUGCUCUGGCUGUCGGUUCGCGUGGAAAGUUCUUGCCCAAGGCUUCAUAA